AUGUCUUGGAAUGUAAGGGGAUUGAACCGUUCCCUGAAACAAAGUGAGGUUCGCAAUCUUGUGGCUCAAAAUAAUUUACAGUUGUGUGCCAUUCUUGAAUCGCAUGUGGACGUUAGUAACUUGCGUAAAGUGUGUAAGUUUGUUUUUCGCAAUUGGAGUUUGACUUCUAAUGGUAGUUUGUGUAGUCGUGGGACGAGAAUAAUUUUAGGCUGGAACGCGGAGUAUUUGGAUGUGAUGGUUAUUGCUCAAACUGAUCAGGUUAUUCACACUCAGGUGAUCUUUAAAGAUAGUAAAAAAGUCCUGUUUUGUUCUUUUGUGUAUGCGGAAAAUAAAUAUAAAGAUCGGAGAGUGCUCUGGAACGAUUUAUGUAAGCACAAAGCGUUGUGUCAUGAUAAGCCAUGGAUUGUUAUGGGAGAUUUUAAUGCUGCUUUAAACAUUGAAGAUGCGUUAUAUGGUACUUCGGCUCAAUCUAUUGGCAUGCGGGAGUUCAACGAUUGUAUCCAUCAAGCUGAAUUGAUGGAUGUUAAUGCUCACGGUUUGCAGUAUACAUGGAACCAAAAACCAAAGAGUGGUGUAGGUCUCUUGAAAAAGAUUGAUCGUAUAAUGGGGAAUGUGGUUUUUUUGGACCAGUUUCCUUAUGCUUAUGCGUUAUUUCAUCCGUUUAGAGUUUCGGAUCACGCUCCUUGUAUCUUGAAAGGUCUGGGCACCAAUGGGAGUCGGCCAAAACCAUUCAAGUUUCCGAAUUUUAUAGCCUCUAAACUGGAAUUCAAGGAAACGGUUAAGCUUGAAUGGAUGAAUCGAAUUGAGGGGGUCACUAUGUUUUCGGUUGUUAAGAAGUUGCAAAAUUUAAAGCCAAAGCCGAGGAAAAUUCUUUUCGAUCAAGGUAAUUUGCAUGUCAAGGUUAAUGAUUUGCGUAAAAAGCUGGAUGAUUUGUAG